CUUGUGUUAGUCUACAGUCAUUCAGCGUCGGUUCAUUGAAGGCGACGCACGUGUUUUUGGUUCUAGCUUCUUUCAAUGUGUGUGAGCACGAUGUGGUUGUUGUUGUGCCUGUUUGCACUUGCGCAUGCGCAGGAGGAGGGUCCCAAAGUGAACACGACUCAAGGUGUUAUAGUGGGGCAACGCGUUGUAGAUGGCGAUUAUUUGGCCUUCUAUGGAAUACACUAUGCUGGUAGCACUGCCGGCGAAAACAGGUUCAAGGCGCCAACCCCACCGCCAGUUUAUCCCGGAGAAUACCACGCCGUUGAUAACACAGUAAUAUGUGCCCAGCCAAGCUCUCGAGGGUUAAUCGGCACUGAAGAUUGUCUAGUACUCAACAUCCAUACGAAAAAUGUAACAACACCUAAACCGGUACUUGUAUGGAUCGAGGGAGAGGAAUAUGUAUCAACAAGUAGGACACUUUAUCCCUUCAAAAAUCUCGUUCAACAAGAUCUACUAAUUGUUACGAUUAAUUAUCGUCUAUCAAUCUUCGGUUUCCUUUGUCUCGGUGUCGCCGAUGCUCCCGGUAACGCAGGUUUAAAAGACAUCAUUCAAGGUCUGAAAUGGAUUAAAGAAAAUAUUGCUGGUUUCGGAGGAGACCCUAACAACGUCGUGCUACUUGGUCAUGGAUCCGGAGCUGCGAUGGUCGAUUUGAUCACGUUGUCGCCUAUGUCUCAGAAUUUAACACACAAAGCUAUUGUACUAAGUGGUUCAGCAUUGGCUCCAUGGGCUGUUUCAUACGACCCUGUUGGCUAUGCUGAGCAAGUUGGAAAAAAGUUAGGAUACACAGACACGUCGAGAGAAGAUUUAGCGAAAAAGCUUGUAUCCACUGAUAUCAGCCUGAUCUCCAGCGUUCUUACAGACUUUGAGUUUUUCAAUACUUCACUAUUGUUCGCUCCGUGUGUUGAAAAUGCUCAUUUGAAUGCAAUCGACACAUUCCUGGCAGAUGCACCAAUUGACAUUUUAAGACAAGGAAAGUAUAGUCAUAUUCCGUACAUUGCCGGCUUCGUGGAUAGGGAAGGAACCAUACGCGCACAACAAGCAGCAUUCAGCAACUGGCUUCAAAAAAUGGAAAAUAACUUUGGUGACUUCGUCCAAGUGGAUCUUGCUUUUGAAUCUGAGGCAAAUAAAACAGCAGUAACGCGUAACAUCCGUGAGUUUUACUUCGCACAAAGAACAAUUAACAUGGAAACUAUUGAGGACUACCUGGAUUAUCAUGGGGACGCUCUGAUACUUGUUCCCGUUAUAAGAGGAACUAAGGAAAGAGCUUUGACAUCUACAGCAAAUGUUUGGCUAUUUAAGUUCGCAUUUAGAGGUACACAGAACUCAGACUGGACGUAUCCUCAGAUUCCUCUAAACGGAGUGCGACAUGGAGCCAUUUUAAAUUAUGUGUUCAACUACGAUUUAAAAGCUGCUGACGAUACUGCUGCUACUUCAAUUACCCAACGCUUCAAAGGAUUUGCAUACUCAGGAAAUCCUACGCCACCACCUCCUCAAACUGCUACAACAUGGGACCCUAUUACCAAGCAGUUGGCACCAAUUCUACUUAUAAGCGGUGGAGAAACUUCUACGAAUAUCUCUGUAUACACAGAAGAACUCCUGCAAAACAUCAACAGGGAAAGUACGGAAUUCUGGGACCCGAUCUUCCUAACACAUUAUCAGGCACCAAAACCAGUUUCCUCUGCAAAUAGUUUGUUCUCUUUCGCGUUAGUUGUUUUGGCGACUCAGAUGUUACUUAAAUCUCUGCAGUAAUAUUCUAAGGCCUGAAAUAAAGCAAUUGAAUACCGAAUAAUAUUAAAAGUGACUCCAGUCGAGUUCUUCCGAAGUCAUUAAAAAAAUCCUUUUUAAUUUUAGUUGCUAUUUCAGCCGAGAAUUGUAUAAUACUUUUCUUAGUUUGCGAGAAUAGAAUAAACAAAUGUAUUUAA